UUUUAUUUGUGUGAUAUUCAGUGAUAUCCUGUUUCGUAUUCAGACUGAUUCAGACAUUAGUACAUACCUUACUGUAUAGAUUAUUUGUUUAUGUUGGAACUAAUUGAAAGUAUUGAAAUGUAAUGAAUAUUUUUCAUGCAUUGUGUCAUUUAGUUUAAACCUCAUGAAUUGACCCAUCAAACUAAUAAUUUUUUGCAAUGCUAUAGUUCGGCAGUGAAAUGCUCCAUUCUGUGCUACACAAAUGCCAAGCCAUUUUUUUAUGAAGAAUAAUGAGUGGCGUUCCUCAAGAAUUUUCAUACUCUUCUAUACUCUACUGUGCAUAAAAAUGAGAUGGAGGUUGGAACAUCAGUUGAGUUGGAGGCUUGUGAAGAUGAAUCUAUACUGAUACAAACUGUAAAGAAUAUAGUUCAAGAGAAUGAAGAAAAUGAAGAAGCUCCGGAGGAAUAUUUUGUGGUGACAAAUAUCCAGAAUGACCAGAAUGGUCAAAUAGAAGUUACUAAUACAAAAGUGAUUGAUACAAUUAGUCACCCUGAAGAGAAUUCAAAUUGGAUGGAUAUGUGCAGAGUUUGUGCUAAUUUAAAUGACCAUCUAAUCCCGAUUUUCGAGGGUGAGGGUGCUGAGCAUGAGCUAUGUAACAAAAUUCAUAAAUACCUCCCUAUUCAUGUAUCUGAAACUGAUAAUUUGCCACUCCAGCUGUGUUACCACUGUGCAGCAACACUUUUAGCAUGGCACGAAUUGGCUGAAGGAUGCUUGGAUGCUGAACGUCGUCUUCUUCAAAUGCAAGAAGAAUUUCAACAUAAACAACAGCCACAUGAUGAGCAGCAGAAUCAUAUGAAAGGAGAUCUGAAUGAGGAGACAAUUGUCAAUGAUACUGAAAGGUUUGGCGCCCCAAGGAAGAAAUCCUUUGCGGCAUACCGUUCAGCUCAAACGGCACUUUUAUCCAGAAAUAGUCCCGCACAAUUGAAUCGAAAAUGCGCGGAUCCUGGAGAGCAGGAAGUGACUGAUCCCUUAGCCCAAACCGGAGAGUCUGACGAAGUUAAAGUAGAAGUGCUGACAUACGACGAGAGUAGUCUGAAUUCGGUGGAUGGAAGCACCGACUCAGAGUACCAACCGGAAAGUAGAGGAACGCAUAUCCAAAGAAGAAAUCCUACUCGGACAAUUGCACGAAAUUCUGUGAUAUCCAACGAGCAUGUCUCGAAAGAAGCUAAGACGAUGCACCCUUGUGAAAAAUGUGAUCGAGUUUUCAAAAGGGAAUUUCAUUAUAAGCGGCACGUGGCAAACUGCCACGAGAAAUUCGUGACAAGAAGCGACAGCGAGGACUACACUGAAAGUAUUAAUGCGGAAUCUUCACAAAAGACCAAGCUCGUUGAAAUCGAGGAACCGAAUGUUACUGAAGAAGAAAGUGAAACUGAUGACAAGAGUGUUGAUUGGGAAGCAUGCACUAAGUCUAGAAGAAGGAGACUUCAGUCAUAUCCUUGCAUGCAUUGUGAUUAUACGGCUAAGAAAAAGAAGUUACUUGAAUUACACAAUAUGGAAUACCACCCAGAAUUGUCAAUUAAGAAACAAAGUAAAAAGCCGAGAAACAUAGACAAAGAGACUGUAAAACGUGCAAGAAUGGAAGUGAAUGGAAGAGUUUAUUAUCAUUGUAACGAAUGUGGUAAAAAUCUUUAUUCCCCUUAUACAUUUUCUUGGCAUAUGAGAAUUCACACUGGUGAACGUCCCUUUACUUGCCAUCUUUGCGGAAAACAAUUCCGUGUCAAUCAGGGGUUGGCAAGACAUCUACGCGAGACUCAUGCGGGUAUCAAGAAGUUUCCUUGUGAUAUUUGCGGUCGUAUGUUUUCUACAAAACGUAACGCUGAGGAUCACAGACGAAUACAUACUGGCGAGAGACCAUACGUCUGCAACAUAUGUGGAAAAGCAUUUAAACAAAAGGCUUCGCUGUUUGUGCAUAAUCGCACGCAUACUGACUUUUUUCCAUUCAAAUGUAGCUAUUGCGAUCAAGGCUUUCGUACCAGACCACCUCUAAUGGUGCAUAUCACUAAGCACACUGGUGAAAAACCCCAUGCAUGUGACAUAUGUGGUCGCCGGUUCCGCAUAAAAUAUGAACUAAAGCGACAUCGACUGAUACACUUUGAUGAGAAACCUUGGCAAUGUACAGACUGUGGGCUCUCUUUCCGCCAAAAGCGUUAUUUAGUUAAUCAUAAAAAACUGAAUCACAACACAAUUCCUUCAUUGCCUACGCACGAGUAACACCGAAUAUCUCUUUUCAGGUAUUCUUGUCAAGGUGCUAAACUCAUGCCAAUGUGCAGGCGGGGAAAGUUGCAUAUUAAAGAAGAAAUACAGCGAUUAGAAGUUGUUAACUGUGGCAAUAAAAUCAUCGCGGUUAAUAACAAGGAAAGAUCUGUGAAGAAAUAUAACAAAAAUAAAAUCAUAGAAGAUGAAGCAUCCAGCAAAGAGAAAUUCAAGAGGCCAAGCAACACUGUUGAUAUUGAGCAGAAAUCAAAACUUCAGACUGAACCUGAGGAACUAUCUUUAAAAAGUGAAGACGAACCGAAUCUAGAAAUGACGAAAGAGCUUAAGGUACAGAAUGAAAAAUCUAAA